AACAGCGAUUCGUAUUGGACGAAGAAAAUCGAAUUUAAAAUCGAAAUUGAGUUCAACUCUCGGAAUCAAACAUGGCAACCCCUUAGUGUUUACUACAAUAAUUUACUUUUUUGUAAUGAAAUAAGCAGAAUUAAACAUUUAAUGUCUAUUUUUCGAUAUUUUUGUGCCAUAUAACCUGAAAGGACAGAUUGAAGGCACUCUUCUAUCGUUAUCUGACGAUACACGGCAAAAAAAAAAUUUUUAGCUGUAAAAUAUUCUAAAAUAACGUAACAACGAGAUGGCGAACCGUGUUAAUUUCACGUUAAAAAACCUAUUGACAUCGUACAAGAAUUGGAUCGUAGCGAAUCCGCAAUUAUUAACAGACAUCGAGGCUACCGUCAGAUGUUUAUCAUAUUUCAGUUUUGGACAAUUGCGCAAUUCGACUUUGGUCGUGGAAUUGAUUUAUUCCAUGCCAAAUCUGAUAGUCCUCUGCAACGAUUUGCUUAUGUACAGCAGUAAACGCCAGCACUUGAAAAUACCUCAGUUUGACUCCAAGAUAAAAAUUUGGUUGACCGUGGUGGAGUACACUGAGACUUUUCUCGAGGUAUCAGCUAAAAAAUUAUGGGGGCCAAAAGGAAAAUGGCUAAUAAUUGUAAUUAUACAGUUAUUUAAGUCUAUAUUGCGACUGCUAUUAAUUUAUGUAUAUAAGGAACGUAUAACGAAAAGCCCAGCGAUACCGCCUCUUAACAGAGAGAAAUUCAAUAAAAUCGACAAUGUGCAAUUGAAGGAAGGCUUUAUGCUGAAAAGAUCGGGCACCGUUGUUAGAAGUGUAAAGUAUUCGACUCCUAUAGAAUUACGAACAUGGAAAGCUUUGCCUCCUGUCAUAGAUGAGAACGAGAAUCUAACUAAAAUCCAGGAAUCUGACAGGGAUUUUAAACUAGCUGAGAGUCUUUAUGUGGCAAAGCCACUGCUUCAUCUAGGAUGUAUGAACAUUAGCCAAAACCAUUGGCCAUCGUGGAUAUUAUCACUUAUUAUCGAUAUAGCCAGUUUAAAUGUCUUCAAUCGUUGCGCCCGAAAAGCAUUAUUAAGUAAGGAGGAAGAAGAAGAGCUUGUGCGUCGAAGAUUGGGUUUACUGUUGUACAUUUUGAGAUCGCCGUUUUACGAUAAGUACAGCCGAAAUAAGAUAGAUGCACUGCUUGAUACGAUAUCUAAUUCCGUGCCUCUUGCCAAGUAUUUGACAAGUGCCGUUAAAAAGAAUUUACCAUAUAUGCAAAAUGCAUGUUUGUGCUCUCCUGGAACUACCUGUCCCAAUGGCUAUACUGGUGGCAUUGACAUCAGAGUAGUGAAUCCGGGAACUUCUUGCUCUACUGGAUAUACAUAUUGCUGUCCAAUCGACGAUGACGACGAUGAUGACGAUGAUGACGAUGAUGACAUUCCUUGUGGAUAUCGAAGAGUUGAAUAUGCCACGCCAGCGGGACAAGCUCCUUACGGUGCAUAUCCUUGGAUGGUGGCCAUUUUAACCAUCCAAGGUACUUAUAUCGGAGGAGGAGUGCUUGUCAGUCCAAUACAUGUUCUUACUGUCGCUCAUAAGGUGGCAGAAUAUGAUGUUGGCGAGAUUAUAGCGAGAUUAGGCGAGUGGAAUUUUAAUUCUCAAGCUGAACCUUAUCCGACUGUAGAUAUCGGCAUCUCACGAAUUUCCUUGCACCGUGAAUUUAAUUCGAAAAAUCUCCAGAACGAUAUAGCAGUGCUUAGAUUGAAUUCGCGUGCUCCUAUUGCAUCUAAUCCUAACAUUAAUACGGCAUGUUUGUCAAGUCAAACAGUUAGUCCGGGAACAAGGUGUUUGAUGUCAGGCUGGGGAAAGAAUAACUUUAACGCAAACUCCAGACAAGGUUCUCUAAAAGAGGUAGAAUUGCCCGUGUUGAGUCAGACGACUUGCCAAAAUGCCCUUCGACAGACGCGAUUAGGAACCAGCUUUGUUCUGCACGACAGUUUCAUGUGCGCAGGAGGGCAAACGAACUACGACGCAUGCACUGACGAUGGUGGUUCACCGUUGGUGUGUCCAACAUCAACCGGUCAGUAUCAAGUUGUUGGGUUGGUGACAUGGGGAAUAGGUUGUGGAAAUAGAGGAGUUCCUGGUGUAUACACUAGUUUGUCUUAUUUCCGUUCCUGGAUCUCGCAACGAUUGAAUUGAAAAUAUACAGCACAGUAUCUUAAAAAAAUUUGUAACUUAUUAAUGUAUAAUCAAUAUAAAGUAUCUUUCGAGAUAAUUGUCACAGUACUUCCGAAAUUGCAGACUAUUGUACAAGGAAAAAUUAUACA